AUGUUUAGCCCUUCCAUAAUACUACAUUUUUCGUUACUUUGUCUAUGCCUUGCUUUUAAUCUUGUAUUUGUCACUUCGAACCUAUGUCAUGAAGAUGAGUAUCAUGCAUUGCUUCACUUGAAAGAAUCCUUCAGCUUUUUUAAACGAGCUAAUACCUAUUACCCUAUAACUACAAAUAAUACAAGAUCAUGGAAACGAGGUUCAGAUUGUUGUGAAUGGGAUGGAAUUACUUGUCAUCCUCUUACUCAUCAUGUCAUUGCACUUGACCUUUACAACAAUGGUAUCGUCGGAACCAUCAAUUCAAAUAGCUAUCUCUUCCAACUAGGCCAACUCCAGAGGCUUAAUUUGUCUUGGAAUGAUUUUUCUUCAUCCAAUAUUUCGUACAUAUUUGGUCAGUUUCAUAUUCUUAAACAUUUAGACCUUUCUUAUUCUUAUUUUUCUGGUAAGGUCCCUUUUGAAAUAUCUCAACUCACUAGAUUGACAUCUCUUGAUUUAUCAGGAAAUGAUCUUGAAUUUUCAAAUGUCAAGUUGAUCAUUAGCAACCUUACAAAGCUGAAAUUACUAGGUCUAAGUGGAAUAAAACUAGAGACAUCACACAUUUUUCAAACCAUUUCUAACUUGUCUUCACUUUCAUAUCUUAAUCUUGAAGGAUGCAAUUUACAAGGGGAGUUCCCUACAAGCAUUCUUAACCUACCACACCUAAAGCAACUCAAUCUAGGGUACAAUGACGCGAUAAACUUUCAUUUCCCAUCAUUGUACAAUUGGAGUAGCCCCUUAGAAUCCUUAACUCUUAGCUAUUCCAAUUUUUCUUCUAACAUACCCUCUUUUUUUGCUCGAUUUAAACAUUUGAAAUCAUUAUAUUUGCAGAGUACCAAUCUACGAGGGACUUUUCCAACUUGGGUGUGGAAUAUUUCCGAAAAGAUAGACCUUAGUCAUAAUGAACUAACCGGUAGUCUUCCUUCCACAAUGAACAUAAGCAAGCUCUCGAGUUUAACUACUCUAUAUUUAGGAAAAAAUAUGCUUGAUGGAGAAGUUCCGGCUUGGUUGUUUAGCUUAAAAUCUUUGGACACGAUUAACCUCUCAUUCAAUAACUUUAGGGGUAGUGUUAGCCUUUACCAAGUUUUUUCUAACCUUCCAAAGCUCCGAUCUCUUUUCUUGUCUAACAGUGGCCUUUCCGUGACCAUAACUAAUGGUCCCGUAAACUCAUCAGUUAUCUCCACUUUAGCUAAUUCAUUGCAAAAUCUAGGGCUAUCCAACACUAGUAUUCAUGGUGAGUUCCCCAAGUGGUUACAACAACUAAUCAGAGAAUCGUCGAUAAAUUUAUUGGAUCUUUCAUCCAACUCUUUAACCGGAGUUCUUGAAAACCUCCCUUGGGGUACAUUGAAUUAUAUCGAAAUCUCUAAUAAUAAGCUAACAGGACGUCUCCCAAUCAUUUCAUCACCUAACACCCAAUUCUUUUUAGCUGCAAACAACAAUUUUACAGGUCCAAUUGAUUCAUCCAUUUGCAAUUUAACAUCACUUUGGGUUCUUGACUUAUCUAACAACAAUUUGAGUGGAGAUUUCCCACAUUGUCUAGGAAGCUUAAGUAAUGGCCUUAAUUUGUUGAAUUUAGGAUCGAAUAACAUUCAUGGAACUCUUCCUAUAACUUUUUCCAAGUGUGAUAGCUUAAGAUACCUUGAUUUAAGUAGUAAUAGGUUGCAAGGGAAGUUACCUCGAUCUUUGGCACGAUGCACAAAUUUACAAGCUAUCAAUCUUAAAAGUAACAAGCUUAAGGAUGAAUUUCCGUAUUGGUUGCAUACUCUUCCAUUUAUUCGACUCCUUGACUUGAGCUCUAAUAGCUUCCACGGUCACAUCAAUACUGUGAGUGGUUUUCAUCCAUAUCCUGCGUUACAGAUUCUUGACCUCUCAAGUAACAACUUCAGCGGCAAGAUACCCACAACAUACAUAAAUAAAUUUCAAGCAAUGACGAGGAUUACUGAGCACCAUGGUUUUCCACAAUAUAUGGAAUCAGAUGUACCAAUGUUGUGGCCUUACUAUUCCAUUAUGUUGACAUUCAAAGGUGUGCAAUUACCAUAUGAGAAGAUCAUUGAAACGCUCUCCUUUUUUGAUCUAUCAAACAAUGCAUUUGAAGGAGAAAUCCCCGAGUAUGUAGGACAAUUGAUCGCAAUUCAAGGCCUAAAUCUUUCACACAACCGCCUAACAGGGCACCUUCCUCCAUCCAUUGGAUUGUUGUCCUCGCUUGACAGUUUGGAUCUCUCCUCCAACAUGCUAAGUGGGAGCAUUCCUCAUGAAUUGGUUAGCUUAACUUUCCUUGAAGUCUUCAAUGUUUCAGAAAACCAGUUGGAAGGGUCUAUACCUCAGGGGAACAACUUCGAUACAUUCUCAUCCGAUUCAUACAAGGGGAACCUUGCAUUGUGCGGGAAGCCAUUGCCUGAUUGUGGAAGAAAUAGCAUGCCAUUCGUGAACAACGACGAAGAUGAUUCAGAAGAUCAUGGGAGCAUAUUGAAAGUGUGGGAAACUAUUGUGAUGGGAUUUUGCAGUGGCAUCGUCGUUGGGAUGGCUUGGGGAUAUUAUAUGUUUUCUGUGGGAAAACCCUAUUGGUUUAUCAAGUUGACUGACAAAAUGGAAUUUGCUUUGCUUGAUUAUUCUAGCAAUUUGGUAUAUAGAAGAGGAAGAAGCGCAAGUACAAGAAGGAAUACAAACUAA